AGAGCUGGGCCCAAACCAAAUGCUUGAAUCAAUCUUCUUCCUUCUGAGACCUACUCUUCUCUCUUUACUGUGUUCCGGGGAGCAAAGAUCGUACCUUCUUUUUCUUCUUAGUUUUGAAAAUUAUUCUGCUUUAGCUUCGCUGAUUACCCACCCCUUUGUUCAUUACAAGGCAAAAUGGGUAUCAUUGAGAAGAUCAAAGAAAUUGAAGCCGAGAUGGCUCGGACCCAGAAAAAUAAAGCCACUGAGUACCAUCUUGGGCAGCUUAAGGCAAAGAUAGCAAAACUGAGGACACAAUUAUUGGAGCCUCCGAAAGGUUCCAGUGGAGGUGGAGAGGGAUUUGAAGUUACAAAAUUUGGUCAUGGACGAGUUGCACUGAUUGGAUUUCCAAGUGUGGGAAAGUCUACUCUUUUGACAAUGUUAACGGGCACACAUUCAGAAUCUGCAUCUUAUGAGUUCACCACUUUGACCUGUAUUCCUGGGAUUAUAAACUAUAAUGAUACCAAAAUUCAGUUGCUUGAUCUUCCUGGAAUUAUUGAGGGUGCUUCUGAAGGCAAGGGACGUGGGAGACAGGUUAUUGCUGUUGCUAAAUCUUCGGACAUAGUAUUGAUGGUUCUUGAUGCCUCCAAAAGUGAGGGUCAUAGGCAAAUAUUGACCAAGGAGCUGGAAGCUGUGGGUUUACGGUUAAACAAAAGACCUCCUCAGAUAUAUUUUAAAAAGAAAAAGACAGGCGGCAUUUCAUUCAACAGCACUUUGCCUUUGACUCAUGUGGAUGAGAAGCUUUGUUAUCAGAUUCUGCAUGAAUACAAGAUCCACAAUGCAGAGGUCCUUUUUCGUGAGGAUGCUACAGUGGAUGAUCUCAUAGAUGUCAUUGAAGGUAACCGGAAAUACAUGAAGUGUAUAUAUGUCUACAACAAGAUAGAUGUGGUUGGUAUUGAUGAUGUGGACAGAUUAGCCCGGCAACCUAAUUCGGUUGUCAUUAGCUGCAAUUUGAAGCUGAACUUAGAUAGACUACUUUCGAGGAUGUGGGAUGAAAUGGGUCUGGUUAGAGUUUACACAAAACCGCAAGGCCAGCAACCUGAUUUCAGUGAUCCUGUGGUUCUUUCUGCUGAUAGAGGUGGCUGCACUGUAGAAGACUUCUGCAACCACAUACACAGAAGUUUGGUGAAGGAUGUGAAGUAUGUUCUGGUCUGGGGUACAAGUGCAAGGCACUACCCACAACAUUGUGGCCUUAGUCAUAAUCUUCGCGAUGAGGAUGUGGUUCAGAUUGUUAAGAAAAAGGAAAAAGAAGAGGGAGGAAGGGGUCGAUUUAAGUCACAUUCCACAGCACCUGCUCGGAUAUCUGACAGAGAGAAGAAGGCACCUCUGAAGACAUAAUUAUAUGACAAUGCCUAUGAUUUCAUUGAUUUACAAGGUGAAUGAGAAAAAUGGCUACAGGCUGAUGAUACAUUCAGAAGCAAAGAUCUUCUCUUGAUUGGUCUUGCAACAUAGGAUUGAAUGUUCCUCCUCAGCACUUACUAAGUGAGGCUCCUAUGUUUUUUGUCACCCAUGUGUUGUAAUCCCUCUUUAGACAAUAGUUUAAUGAAUAAGAAAGUGUCCAUCUAUGACUUCCAAGAGAAAUAUAAAGUAAAGGAAACAGGUUAUGCAUCU